AUGUGCUGGCCCUCACGACAAGACAGGAGCCAACAGUUGGAUGGCAAGACGCAGCACUACAAUGCGCGUCCCGUGCCGGUGGCCCAAUCCAGUGUCAAAAGCCAACAGCUGGAUGUCAACACACAGCACCAUAAUACGCCUCCCGUGCCCAUAGCCCAAUCCAGCGUCAAAAGCCAACAGCUGGAUGUCAACACUCAGCACUACAAUGCGCGUCCCGUACCCAUGGCCCAAUCCAGUGACAGGAGCCUGAAGCGCAAGACGCCGACGCCGCAACCGCGAAAGAAACACAACUAUGGGUAUUCGUCCAGUUACGGGGGUAGGAGCAGCUCGUAUGGUGGCGGUGGCGGUGGUUCGUAUGGCGGUGAUGGUGGUAGCUCGUAUGGUGGUGAUGGCGGUGGUUCAUAUGAUGCCAGUUCAUAUAGUAGUUAUUCGUAUGGUUGUGAUGGUGGUGGUUCGUAUGGCGGUGAUAGCGGUGGUUGCGGAGGCGGCGACAGUGGUGGUGGUGGUGGAGGAGAUGGAGGUUACUACUAG